CUUUUUUUUCUUUUUCUCCUUCUUCCUUCUUCCUUCUAGGCGCCUCGCUCCGUCUACAGCACCAAGGGCCAUCUCCGGGCGGCGGUCAGCCAUGGAGUUCACGGUUCGCGAGCUCUGUCGACUGGAAUGCUAAUUGCCAUCCCCACGUACGUAUGCCGUACUCGUGGCCCGUGGCGGGCGAGGGCAAUUGCAGGGUUACGAGCGGCGCAAUGUGGCUCGACAAGUACCGUACAGGGGGGGUUGGAUCCUGUACCUUACGCUGUGCGGCCUCGGUGGACGCACAUGUACUGGGCGAAGCUAAGAGAAGUACCCCGAGCCGGAGCUGAUAGCUCGUACCUGGGUCACCUAGUGCGCAUGGUGCAGCGCCGCCCGCAGAGAGGGGGACCCUCAAAGGCUCAAACACACUUGUCGGCCAGUCGUGGUGGAGUGGCUUCCCCUGAUGCUCUGGGGGAAGCACCAACAGUGGGACCGCCGCCGGGUCUUGGGUUGGCCUGGGAGGCUGCUAGGGCACCUCCUGUAACUCCAGUGCGCCGUUCCUGUGAAUUGUGAUCUGAGAUGGUGGACAUUGGGACCCGACGGGGGCUGCUGGUGAACAGCCUAGUAGAGGACGUGCCUGCGGAUGUGUUGCCUCUGCUUGACGUCCGUGAUGGCUCCCGUCCUGAUGGCACGGCGGAGGCAUGGGGAGAUUUAUGGCAUGGGAAAGUCGACAAUACCAAUUCUAAAUAAACCCUUCGUUCGUUCGUUUCUUGCUUUCUUCUUCCCAGAUCUACACUAGGGAUAACGCAAUGUGCUCUCCCUCCACCCCCAUGCCAUGUUGAUCUCCCGGCCCCAACUGCAACAUGGCAUCUAUCCUAAUUAAGCCAAUUUCUGACAAACGCCGCUCGUUGUCCUUUGGGCGGCCGUCCGCCACAACCACAAGAAGGGCGCCGCCUCCCACAGUCAACUGGUCGCCAGGCUAAACCCGCC